UGAAUAAACACAUCUUAUACGAUGUGUUUAUCCACUGUGCACGUUCCUUACCAAUCACCUAAUCAACAUGUACUCAAGAUGCGGAGAACUUGGCCACGCCAUCAAACUGUUCGACAAAAUGCCACAAAGAAACGUGGUUUCUUGGACAGCAAUGAUUACCGGAUUUUCUCAGAAUUCGAGGUUUCGGGAGGCUCUGAGUACUUUUUGUCUGAUGAGGAACGCUGGAAAAGCACUGACCCAAUUUGCAUUUUCAAGUGUUCUUCGAGCUUGCGUCUCUCUUGAGUCGAUUGAGCUUGGGACGCAGAUGCAUAGUCUCGCUAUGAAGUGUGGUUUUAGCAACGAAAUAUUUGUGGGGAGUAAUUUGGCAGACAUGUACUCGAAGUGUGGGAUGAUGUAUGAUGCCUGUAAUGUUUUCAAUGAGAUGCCUUUCAAGGAUCAGGUAUUGUGGACUUCUUUGAUUGAUGGCUAUGUAAAGAAUGGAGAUUGUGAGGAAGCGUUAAUCUCUUAUAAGAAGAUGACCGGUGAUGAUAUUUUGAUUGAUCAGCAUGUGCUUUGUAGCACUUUGAGUGCUUGCAGAUCACUAAAGUCUUCUGAUCUUGGGAAGUCCAUCCACUCAACUAUUGUGAAGUUGGGAUUUGAAUCGGACACUAUUCUAGUAAAUGCUCUCAUAGACAUGUAUUCAAAGUCGCGAGACAUGGAAAGUGCUUCAAAAAUCUUCCAAACUGAUUCACAGUGCAGGAAUAUAGUGUCGUAUACUGCUCUAAUUGAUGGAUAUGUAGAGAUGGGCCAAAUCGAAAAUGCUUUAAGUACUUUUGUUGACUUACGGAGGCAAGGAAUUGAACCUAAUGAAUUUACUUUCUCUAGCUUAGUAAACGCCUGUGCUAACCAAGCAGCAUUAGAGCAUGGAAUCCAGCUUCAUGGCCAAGUUGUGAAAUCUAACUUUGAUAGAGAUCCUUAUGUUGCUUCAACUCUUGUUGAUAUGUAUGGAAAAUGUGGGUUGUUUGAUCACUCCACCCAAGUGUUUGAGGAGAUCGAGAACCCAAAUAAUAUAGCAUGGAACUCAUUGUUGGGAGCUUUUGCACAACAUGGUUUAGGAAGAAAUGCCAUUGAAACUUUUCAGCAGAUGAUCGAAAAAGGGAUUAAACCGAAUGCAAUAACAUUUGUGAGUCUUUUAAUAGGAUGCAGUCAUACAGGAAUGGUAGAAGAGGGGUUAAACUUCUUUCAUUCCAUGGACAAGAUUUAUGGGGUUAUGCCCAGAGAAGAGCAUUAUAGUUGUGUUAUUGAUCUACUUGGUCGAGCUGGAAAGCUCAAAGAAGCUGAAGAUUUUAUAAAUAACAUGCCGUUUGAGCCAAAUGCUUUUGGAUGGUGUUCUUUACUCGGGGCUUGCAAAAUCCAUGGUGAUAAGGAAAGAGGUAAAAUUGCAGCAGAAAAACUGGUGAAGCUUGAACCUGAAAAUAGUGGAACUCAUGUUUUGCUGUCAAAUAUUUAUGCCAAGGAAGGACAAUGGGAAGAUGUUAGAAGUUUAAGGAAGAUGAUGAGAGACGAAAACAUAAAGAAAUUGCCAGGUUAUAGCUGGGUUGAUAUCCAAAACAAAACCCAUAUAUUUGGGGCCGAAGACUGGUCUCAUCCUCAAAAGAAAGAAAUUUAUGAAAAGCUUGACAGUCUUCUUGAUCAAAUAAAGAAUGCCGGAUAUGUUCCUCAGACAGAAUUAGUUCUAGUUGACAUGGACGAGGCUUUGAAAGAGAAGCAUCUUCAUCAUCACAGUGAGAGAAUUGCCGUGGCUUUUUCGCUAGUUAGUAUGCCAAUUGGGAAGCCAAUUAUUGUGAAGAAGAAUUUAAGAGUUUGUGCUGAUUGCCAUUCUGCUAUCAAGUUCAUAUCUAAAGUUACUGGGAGAAUCAUAAUUGUUAGAGAUAGCAGUAGAUUCCACCAGUUCUCCAAUGGUUGGUGCUCCUGCGGGGACUACUGGUAAUGCAUGAAAGCUUGACGGUUAAUGAAGGGAUCUGAUGCUAACAACUAGAAAACCACGGGAGAAAUUUCAAGGAAAAAUACACUUCCUUUGAUUGUUUACCCUGCUGCCAGACAGAGAAAAUAUCCAUGACUAAUAGGAAUCAGUUUUGGUGCACAUUACACAUUACAGCAAUGAGCACCAUAGUAUUCAUUACUGCAGUGAGAUCUGUACCACAGUAAUAUAUUUUCUCCCUCCCAUGGCAUCAGAAGGCAUUUAGUUGGUUGCCACAUCCCAUGAAUGGGGCAAUA